CCGGCCCCUGCCCGGUGCCCCUUACCCACUACCCCUAUCAGCUGCCUUCUUGCUGCCCCUUACACCUGUCCCCUGUCUGUCCCCUGUCACCUGCCUGCUCCUUGCCCGCUGCCCCAUCACCUGCUUGCUCUCAGUGCCUUGCCUGCUGCUCCUGUCACCUCGCUGUCCCCAUCUCCUGCCCCUGUCACCUGCCUGGCCCUUGCCCCCUGCCCGCCCGUACCCGCUGCUGGACAAAUACCACAGCAGGCUCAGGCCACGGUGUGGUUGUCGCAGCAGCUGGCACAUGCCUCGUGCUUUAUCAUUCAUAAUUCCCCUAGUCCGUGUCUAGACAAAACUGUAAAGGUGAAGGGUUAGAGGAUUAAAAAGGAGUCAAAUUUUAGGAAAUAAACCCACCGUAAUAGUCUUUAAUUUACGUUGAAGCUGUGGUUGGCCUGCUGUACCCCUGCAUCGACAGCCACCUCGGGGAGCCCCACAAGUUCAAGCGGGAGUGGGCCAGCGUCAUGCGCUGCAUCGCAGUGUUCGUGGGCAUCAACCACGCCAGUGCUAAACUAGACUUUGCAAACAACGUCCAGCUGUCCCUGACUCUGGCAGCCUUAUCACUGGGGCUUUGGUGGACAUUUGAUCGUUCAAGAAGUGGUCUCGGACUUGGAAUAACAAUAGCCUUUGUAGCAACACUGAUAACCCAGUUUCUUGUAUAUAAUGGUGUUUAUCAGUAUACAUCUCCAGAUUUCCUUUACAUCCGUUCUUGGCUUCCAUGUAUAUUUUUCUCAGGAGGUGUGACUGUAGGAAACAUAGGACGCCAGCUGGCUAUGGGUAUUCCAGAGAAACCACACAAUGACUAAGCCUUUGAAGAAGAACACCCGGUGCCAGUGUGAAAGCAACAUUAUGAAGAUGUGUUCCUUUUUAAAACUGAAGAUUAUUUAGAAGAAAUAAUCUCUUUAUGGGCUCACUGCACAAAUGACUUGUGGGAAAAAAAAUAUUAAUCCACUCUUAGAAUAGCCAAGUGAAAUUAACUGCUUAUCUUGAAAUCUUACCCUGAUUUACCGCAUAAGCAUUUGCGUAUGGCUGUUCUCUGGAAGAGUUUAACACCAAGUGCACACAACUGUUCAGGCUAAGUGGCAGUUUUCCAAGUAUUAGAUUCCACUGUAAGUUAUUGAAUCAGCUGCCGUGUUUUAAAGCCUUGAAACUGAAAUUUAAUUACAAGCUCUUGUAUCAGUGCCCAAAGGAAGUAGAUCGAUGGUGCUUAACAAUGAUGAAGUAUGGUUUAAUAGGAAUAGUAUUUAUCCAAAUCUUUAAAAAAUAGGGUUAUUUAAAAAUAAGAGUGAUCAAAACAGAUUAAAGGCAUUGCACUAAUGCUUUUAGGAGUCUUAUGAAGGAAUCAUGCCCUUACUUGUAAUGCUGCAUUAAGUUUCUGUCUUUGACGGUGGAGAGGCUUUGAGGGAUGAGAGGUUGGAAGCCUUCCUUUGGAAUUUCUAAAUUGCUUCAGUACGAGAAGUGAACAGUGGAGACAAUCUUGUUCAAACGUGAACCUUUAUCAAGAGAUUCCAACUGGAAAUUUCAUUACUCCGGAGGCUUGAAGUUAGAUUUGCAAGAAUCAAGUUCUGGCCACAAUUCAGUAAGAAAUCUAAGUGUGUGUGUAACUACCCCUGCUUCACACCUUAGACACCUGCUUCAGUGUAUCUCAAAUAUCUGGUGUCAGUGAAAAAACAUGCAUUGCAUGUCAUUGCUUGGCCAUCAAGCACGUGCCCCCAACUUCUUAGAUGUGUUAUUUCCUCCUAAAGCUAUCAUUUGAAUCCAGGUUUGGAUUGAAAUGAUUAGAAACAGAAUUGGGCCUCAAAUGUGAUUUAAACUGUAUGUGAAGAAUAGCAAACAGCUUGUUUUCUCAGUUCAGUUUCUGAAAGAGAUCACCUCUUGUUUUUAAACAACCCUAUAGAACUUGCAAUCUGUGAUUGCCUUCUUAAAAACAAAAAGUGCUUAUGUCACUACAUUAAGCAUUUGGUGUUUCUUAAUACAUAGUUUUGGUGAGCACAACGUAUUCAUUUGAUAGCUUAGACCACAGGAGACCUAAAUAGCAAGUAUUAGGUCUUAAAAGUUGAAGUGCAAUGUACAGUAAGUCUGAGCCUCAAGUUCUCUUCAAUAUCGAUCAUUUCUUAUGAGAGAUUAAAGAGAAAAGGGUUCUGAGUUCAUUUCAAUGCUGCAUGGAGUCAAAUGGAGCAAUAAUUUAUUUAACUAGUAAAGCUAGUUUUGUUGUAUCUUACAUUGAACCCAAAUUUUUAGAAAUACUCCAAUUUUGUGGUUAUGGUGUACUUGUAAACUUUUAUGGACUUGCCUUUUUGUAUUAUGCA